GUCACGCUUCUCUUCCCAGCCCUAGCGGUGGGCAAUCUCUUCAAUAGCCAUGCACUACCGACAACGAUCACGACGAGUGCGCGUCCUGCCUCAGUACCGACGCCAAGCUCCCCUACACCAACACCGACGCCCGGUCUGCUUGUGUUGGAUGGCUUGGAGUGAGUCGAAAUCCCGGAUUGUGACAUAGUUCCCGCAUGCUGACGUCUCUCAGGCUGCGUCGAGCACCAGAUGUGGUCUUGAUUAGGGCGGCACAUGGUGCUCACCCUGUCGUUGCGAAUCCAGCGGUUCCCGCGAACCCAGUCAUCCCUGUGCCCGCAAUCCCUGUUGACACAACCGUUCCCGUGCCUGGAGCUCCUGCGGAUCCAGCAAUUCCCGCUCCAAAGUUGCCUAGUAAUACCGUUCUUCCGGUCAAUUCGAUUACGCCUGGUCUUCCUUCAGCAAACCCGGUUGCUCCCGCCAUUCCUCCCGCUGUCAAUCCCGUCGUACCCGUCGUUCCUCCUGCUGCCAAUCCCACUGUGCCUGCAGUACCUCCUGUGGUCAACCCCAUUGUGCCUGCAGUACCUUCUGUGGUCAACCCAAUCGCACCUGCGAUGCCUCCUGUCAUCACUACGACCACUACCCCACCGGCUUCGCCAAGCGUCAAUAGAGACUUCGUAAGCGUUCAGUGGGUGGAGUCUCGAAUCGGCACAUCUCGGACAUGGAUACCAAAGACAAUCACGUAUAAAUACCACGAGUACGUGACACAAGCUCCUCUACCAGGAAAAGGAGAGAUCGGCAUGGGGACGCUGACGAAGACGGCUGUGAUGGGUGCAGCACCUACACAUCCGCCAGGCUGGUUGAGAGGUGUCGCUGCUGUCGUGGGCGUUGGAGUUGCAGGUAUGGUGGUAUAAGCUGAGACACGACUCGACGUAGAGAUUUAAGACAACGCAUCACUAGCGCACGAUAGCGGAGACUGAAGAACAGAAAUCGGACAGAAAAUUCACAUGAAAAGAAAGAUGGAGAAACUUUAGGCGCAUCCCGGGCAAUGCUUAAUUGGGUUAAAGAAUGCAAGAUGAUGAGCGAUGGUUACACGAUAUACCAGCUUGUACA